AUGGCCGCUCCCAAACGUCGCUCAGGCCUCAGCGAUUCAGCCGCUAUUUUGCCAAGCUGUCUCACUGCAGGCAUUACGGAGCCUCUGAAGAUCAUCGUCUGCAGCGGUGGCAUAGCUAGACCGACCCUAGCGUUCUGGCUCGCCCGUGGCGGCCAUGGGGUCGUCAAUGUCGAGCGCUUUUCGACUCUUCGAGCCUCCGGGGCGCAGAUCGAUUUUCGCGGACAGGGAUUUGAGGUCGUCACGCGGAUGGGGUUCUUGGAUACUGGAUGUCAAUUCGUGGACUCUGGCGGCAAUGCCAUCCGGACUCCACGGCCAACUACACAUAUACUCCACGAUACUCCCCAGGCCGAUGUCGAGGAUGUCUUUCGCAAACCCGUCGAGAGUUACAAGAAUGAUGACCGGCAGUUCCCGGACGGUCGUUUGUUACGUUACGAUCUCAUGGGAUCAAAUGGAGUCAUGGACAGAGCCGGCGCAUUCGAAAAGACAUUCACCCAGUUGGCUCGGGCCGUUAUUGUAACGAGAUGCGGUCCUGGCUCACUGGCGAGUCUUGGUUACAGAGGCGGGUAUAAGGCUUGGAGGAUAUUGUUUUGA